AAAAGACAGAGAGGAAAAAAGUUGGAUCUGAUUUGCUGGAAUCGCGGCGGAGCGACUGAAUGUGGAAGGUUUCCUCUCAGCUCAGGCUGGAAGCUUUUAGCAGAGGGUGACUGAUCCUCUGCGCUCUGCGCGCUGCGACUAAAUACGCACAGAGAGAGACACAGGACGCGCAGCUCCAACUUGCUUCUUCUCUUAUUUUUUUUAUUUAUAUUUUUUUGCAGCUCCUUCAUAUAUAUAUAUAUAUAUAUAUAAAUAUCUCUGCGGUGGCGACAAUCUGUGGAUCGCAACUCUUCAUGGAUAUUGUUGGAUAAUUUCUAUCCGGAUCGCGCGCUCACACGCUCCCUCUCUCUGUUCGGUGCGCACCGGUGGGUCCAGGACGAUGGAGUGAUCGGAGGAAUAAGUCCACCUACAAUCACUUUUCUCCCCCCCCCUUCCCCUUCCUUCCCCGGCUCGACAUGUAUUCGCCGAUUUGUCUAACUCAGGAUGAAUUUCAUCCCUUCAUCGAGGCGCUGCUCCCUCACGUCCGCGCCAUCGCCUACACGUGGUUUAACCUACAGGCCCGAAAACGCAAGUACUUCAAGAAGCACGAGAAGCGGAUGUCCAAGGAUGAGGAGCGUGCCGUCAAGGACGAGCUCCUGAGCGAGAAGCCCGAGGUCAAGCAGAAGUGGGCCUCCAGGCUCCUGGCCAAGCUUCGGAAGGACAUUCGGCAGGAGUACCGGGAGGACUUCGUCCUCAGCGUGACGGGCAAGAAGCCGCCGUGCUGCGUGCUGUCCAACCCCGACCAGAAGGGCAAGAUCCGCCGGAUCGACUGCUUGCGGCAGGCCGACAAAGUCUGGCGCCUGGACCUGGUGAUGGUCAUCCUCUUCAAGGGCAUCCCUCUGGAAAGUACAGACGGCGAGCGCCUCGUCAAGUCUCCACAUUGCACCAACCCAGCACUUUGUGUCCAGCCUCACCACAUAACAGUAUCAGUCAAGGAGCUGGACUUGUUUCUAGCAUACUAUGUCCAGGACCAAGACUCGCAGCAGUCAGGAAGUCCCAGCAACAAUGAGCCAGGCAAAACCCCUCUUCCAGUGUAUUUGGAGGACAGCUUCAUCAAAUCAGGAGUUUUCAGUGUUGCAGAGCUGGUGCGAGUCUCCAGAAUGCCGAUCACCCACGGUGCAGCGGUACCCUUCUCCAUGGCUGACAUGCCCAGCCAACCCUACUAUCAUGACCUGAACCCCAGCGUGGCACUGCAGCGCUCCCUGUCCUCUCCGCCCGGCAGGUUGGUCAAAAGGCCCAAAACCAACAUGGAGGAAAACAUGGACACCAGCCCCACUGGACCCGAUUUCUACUCGUCACCCAACUCACCAGCCAGCCGGGCAAACUGGCACGACAGAGAUGGAGAGAUGUCCUCUCCCACAAUGAAGAAGCCGGAAAAGCCGCUGUUCAGCCCCACUUCCCCACAGGACUCCUCGCCGCGACUCAGCACUUUCUCUCAGCCUCAUCACCCAGGCCUAUCAGGCGUGGGACACAGUGUUAUAUCAUCCAGGAGCCCCCCUUCACACUCGCCCCUGCAGUUCUCAGCCUCGGCCAUCCUGCCCCCGGCACCGUCGCCCUACUUCUCGCACCCCACUAUACGGUAUCCGCCUCACCUCAACCCCGCAGAUCCCCUCAAGAGCUACGUGCCGUCGUACGACCCGUCCAGCCCGCAGAGCAGCCAGCCUAACAGCAGUGGUCAGGGGGUUGGAAAGGUUCCGGGCCAUUUUACCCCAGUUCUGGCUCCAUCCCCGCACCACGGCCCAGUGCGACCAGUUACGCUCACAAUGCCUGACACUAAGCCCAUCACCACAUCUUCAGAGGGCUACUCAACCCCUGGCACCCCGACAUCCAAUCGUUUUGUAGGCCUGAGCCCUAGAGAUCCAGCCUUUCUCCACCAGCAACAGCUGAGGAAGUGUGACUGGAGCGUGACUCAAAACGGCAGGCAUUAUGGCCCCAGUGCCACUGACGACACUUUGGGGAUUACUUGGCAAAGUCCUGGUACCUGGGCGAGCUUAGUUCCAUUCCAAGUGUCGAACGGGACUCCGAUUCUGCCAACAAAUGUCCACCAGAACUACAGCAUAAACAUCAUUGGUGAACCGCUGGUCCCUGCUGAGAGCGGGAACUGAGCAGGCAGAGCGCUGGACCCACCUCCUCCCUUACCCAGGGUGGAAGAGUGGUGCAGAGCUAGCACUACAGGUGUCUGCAGCCAUGGAUGAAACCAGCAAAGCAGCAGGCGCUGCAUAAACCCCUCCUCCUCAUCCCAUCUCCUUUUCUUCAGCCUCCUACUCCCAGUCUCGCCUCCUCCAUCUUCUCGCUCCCACUCCUCAUCCUCCUGAUGAUGAUGGACAAUGGCCCUGAAGUGAAGAUGAUGAGUGGGACGGCUCAGAGGAAGGAAGAAAAGCUUCAGGUCUGAUGUCUUCUCGCACACAUCCACCAACCCACCCACCAAUCAGUUGUUGCGUUUGCAGGACUUUGUUCAAUCCAUCUGAAUACUGUGAUGUAUAGAUGCCUUAAUGUUUAAUUGCAUGACACUCUAGACUCUUUAGCAGUAAUUCCUACUUAUUGUUCUACGUCAGAGGAAGGUGAAAACCAUUUUGAACGGCCCACGCCGCAUGCACGCUCAGUCGAAGGGGGUCUGCAGACAAAUACCUGCCUGGUGGAUGGCUCAGAGACUGAACGGAUGAACAAUUCACUGUGUACACCGUAGGAACAAAAACAUGAAAAAAAAUUGUGAAUUCAGAGUGUUUUUUUUUUCUUCUUCCGUUUGAUUUCAGUUUACUGUGAUAUGACUUUGUUUUUAAGGAAAAAAAAUGUGUUGACUUUCUCUUUUCUGCUACUUAUUUCAAGAACUAAUGUAAACACUAUGGAGAGAGUUAAAAACUCUCAAUGCAGUUUUUGAAAAAAACAAAACACUAAAUGCUUACAGUUUGAGAUUUGACCCCUCCUUGUGAAAAAAAAAGACGACUAGCAAGUCAGUUUCAAAAGGAAUGUAAUAAUAAGAGGAUGAGGAAAAAAAAAGAAGAAAAUUUGCGACAGAGGCAAGUGCAAUUGAAUUGUUUUUUUGAAGGGAAGCUAUCAGUCUGACUGCCCUAAGACUCUAAAGGAAGGGGGAUAGUUAUUAAAUGUUUAACAAUUUGAUUUCAGUCACAUAUCCAUCUCUUCGCAUGAGUAAAAAGCGUGAAAGGCAGUUUGAAGGCAAGCGUAAAGCUACCUGAGCAGCAGAAAAAAAAAAAAAAAAACAGCACUUAAUCUGAUCUGAGCACUUCCCAUCUUGAUGGGCAUUUAUUUUUUCUUAAUCAAUCUAAAACAAGUCAAAAAAAAGAACACGCACAGAGUGUGCGGAAAAGAGGCAUUUAGUUUCAAUUAAAAAGCAUUUGGCCAUCAGCUUAUAAAGCUUAUGUGUACAGUUAUUAUCCAUGCAAAUGUACUGUAAUCUUCAUGGAUAAAGCUACAGCUUGUGCAAGGUAUACUCUAAAGUGAAAGAGGCUAAAAACUGAAAUUAUGAAUCCAGGUGGCAUAUCCCCGAAAUCAAGAUCUCUGCAUGGCAAUCCCACAGCUGUGUCCCCUCCAGUCCAGACACAUGAAACCCCCAUACACAUGCACACACACGCACACACACACACACACACACGAGAAAAGAAAAAUCUCUCCAAUACUCCUAAUUUUGCACGAAGACCUAUAGUCCACAUUACGUGCCUUGCCUUUGAAUAUAGAGACAUCACUACAGUUGUUUUUGCUGCAUUUAUCAUUAUAGAGAGAGAAAAAGAAAAUUAACAUUUUUAUGAUAAGAAUUGUUUUGUACUUUGAAUGAAACUGUUGAUUUUUAACUUCAUGUACUACUCUAUCUCACAGUUACAUUGCAUAUCAAGGCUGUGUAUAGUUGCCGUUUUUCAGUUUGUAAUCUACCAGCAUUUUUUUGCAGUAUUUUGGUGGUUUUUUUCCGAAUAACCUUUCAUCCUUUGUUUUCUUCCAUUUUCAAUGCUCAUUUCAUUCAUCUUCUCGUUACUAUUGUGGAGGGUGGAAUUCAGAAAUAUGAAAAUUAUGCAAUACCAAGUUUUGCCUAUGUAGGUAGUGCUUAUAGAUGUGUCAAUUAUUAGAGGCUAGUUUGGAGAUAGAAAAUAUGGUAAUGCAUUUAUUUUGUUGAUAUUGUCCGUCGCUGUUGCUGUUGAUGAUGUUGUUGUUGUUGUGGGUGAUUUCCCUUUCUUUUUUUCUUUCUUUUUUUAAUUGACCAAAGUGGGGACUGCUUUCUAUGCAGUGUAAGGCAAGGUCAUAUUUUUUUCUUUUCUUCCAGCAUUUACCGAAUGACAGUGAGACAUUUUCUGUGUGAUAUAUUUUUCUUUUUUGGAAAAGGGUGAAGAUUUUCUAGAAGUAUAACAAAAUUUAAAUGCAUCAUUUAGGUCUUAUUACGGCUGCAAAGUCACUAUUAAGUCUACUGUGAGCAAGCAUGACUCCGUUACCCUAAUCAAGGUUUUUAAGUUAUCUUUAAAAAAAAUAAU